GACGGACCAUCAUGUUGCGCUCGAGUCUGCGCAAUGCAGUGCGGUCUCAGGGCUUGCUGCGUUAUACGGGGGCUACUCCCCCUCAUGCCCAAGGUCCUACUCGUAUUGCGCCAUUCGCGACGUUCGGUAGCGAGUUCUCGAGCCUUCGUGACGUCCGCCAGUCGCCAGCUCUGAUCCUUCCGCAAUACCCGCUGCUGCUUCGCGCGCACACCCGCGGGUAUGCUGCGCUCCCCACGAAACCGUCAACGACCUCAUCGACCUCUGCGCCGACAGCUGCGGAGGCUGCUGCACUUAAGAAGAAGGUCGCGGCCGCAAGACGUCGUCGCAGUAAGAUCCGCGUACAGGAGGAGAAGCUCGAGUCCGCAUUGGCCAAGGGUGGCGAGCGCCGUAUGAUCCGCGUCGAAGACGUAGAGAAGGAGCUGCCAAAGGUGCCUGAGCGUGCCGUAUUGCUUCUCAAACGCACUCCUCAGCUCACAAUGCAGGGCGUUAAGGCCGUGGCUCACGCCCUGCAGGUUCUGUUCACUGACCCGGCUGCAGUUAAGGAAUGGCUCGGUAAGAUGAAAGGCAAAGUAAAGCACGAGCUGGAUCACUAUUGGCUCGGCACUAAACUUCUCUACGCCGACGUGUCGACGUCCACGCGCAUCAUUCGUCGUCUACUUAAGGGCAACGCACUCUCGCGUCGUGAGCGCAAGCAGCUGCAACGUACAGUAGCUGAUCUGCUGCGUCUCGUGCCAUUCGCGUUCUUCGUGAUCGUCCCGUUUAUGGAAUUGCUGCUGCCUGUGGCUCUCAAGGUGUUCCCGAACAUGCUCCCGAGCACAUACAAGGACUCGUUCCAGCGUGAGGAAGACAUGAAGCGUCAGCUGCAACUGCGUGUGGCUCUAGCCGGUUUCCUACAGGACACAGUGAAGGAGAUCAUGCAGGACACACACGACACUGAAGGGGUGUCCGAGGAACGCAAGGCUACAGCCAGUGAGGUCGUGAACUUCGUGGAACGGGCUCAACGUGGCGAGCCGUUGACGUCUGAGGAGACGCUGCAAGUCGCCAAGUUGUUCAAUGACGAGCUGAUGCUGGAUAAUAUCUCCCGACCGCAACUUGUGGGCAUGUGUCGGUUUAUGGGCGUGCAGCACUACGGCAACGACAAUCUGCUGCGUUUCCAGCUGCGUAACCGGAUCCGUCAGCUCAAAAAGGAUGAUCAGGAUAUUAUUUGGGAAGGUCUGGACUCUCUGGACAAGGAGGAGCUGCAGAUGGCCUGUAUGGAGCGUGGUAUGCGUGCUACCGGGCUGACGAAGGCCGGCUACGUGCGUCAAAUGCGCCAGUGGCUUGACCUGUCCAUCAACAAGAACGUACCGGCGUCGCUGCUCAUCAUGUCGCGGGCGCUGAACAUCACAGCUGCCGACAACCUGGAGGAGGCGCUGGCUACGUCCAUGUCGUCUAUGGACGAAGAGGUGGUGACGGAGGUGGCGCUGGCAGCCAAGGCGUCCACGGAGGGAGAAACGGCGGAGAUGCGGAAGCUCAAACUCGACAGUAUUCGCUACCAGAACGAGAUGAUUGCGGACGAAGAGAAGUUCCGUGACGAAGCUCAGAAGAAGGAGACUGAAGCUCAGAAACAGGCGGAAAGCGACGCUGCUGCCACGCAGGCUGCUACUGAGACGCAGACGGACGUGGAACAGGUCAUUUCGGAUGUGAUUAUGGAGAAGGCACAGGCUCAAUCAACGCCUGCUGACGCCACGUCUUCGGGAAGUAUCGAGAACAUUGUCAGCUUGGAGGAGCUGAGUGCGCUGGAGUCACUUGCGUUCAAGUCUCUCGUCGAGAAGGAGCGUCAGACUGUGAGUCAGUUGAAGCAGAACAAGUACGACAUGGACGUCGAGGGCUUGCUGGCUGCUGGUCGUAUCGGUGCACAGGCUACGGAGAACAAGACUGCUGGCCGUAUGAUGAAGAAGCUUGAGGCCAUGCUGUCGAAUCUGGAGGUGGAAAUCGAGGAGGUUGACCGCCAUGUCGGUGAUCGUCUGAACAUCCUUGAUCGCGAUAGCGAUGGUGUGCUGUCGGCUGAGGAGCUGCGUGAUGCUGUCAUGACGAUUCUGCGCAAGGCGAACACCCAGGAAGAUGUGGAAUGGGUGAUUUCGCACAUCGAUGAAGACAAUGACGGCAAAAUCGCUUUGGAGGAGCUGGUGGCCUGGAUUGCCAAGUGCCGUGAAAGUCUAGAGGCUACGGGCCGCAUCGCACUGCAGGAGCCGACGGACGUAAACGCCGAAGCGGCUGCAGCAUCAGAAGGUGAGAAGGCGAAGAUCGACAAAUCGGAGAAGGCGAAGGUCAAGCGAACGAACAGUCGUAAGAAGAAAGAGAAGGAACAAUAAUCUCUGCGAAAGCUGAUGGUGCGAUGAAGAUAGAAGCCGCUGAGAAUGUGCCACGUCCACAUUGCUUAUUCUAUCUCAAUAGAUAUAUUGCCGAUGCUGGCUUUGUGAUUGUU